GGGUGGGGGAGGAGGGAUCUAACAGGAUUUAAUCCCAUUGGACUAACAGUGCUGAGACAGAAUGACGCCAGACCUAAAGGGCUACCAAGAGAAAGCAUGUCACUCUAAUGACAACACUGGCAUUGUCUGCAUUAUUUAUAACAUCAUCUGUGUUAAUAUCCUCAACAUCUAACCCAGCAGCUUUAUUUUGGGUGACGUUGAUGCUCCGGUGAAGAAACAGAAUAAUGGAUUACACAUUAAUAUUGACCCACCACAACUGAUGUCGCUCCCAUCCUCUGUGAUGACAUCAUCACCAGUCCUAUCAACCUUCCUGAUUAGCUGAACUUCCGAAGGGGCCAAUCAUGUCUUUGAUGGCGGACGAGACUGCCGCGGACCUCCCAGUGAGAGACGUGGGCAUGACAAGAGGCGGAAUGAUGCCUACUGUAACAGACUCUGUGAGAGACGGGAGGUCGUGGAAGAAGCCCCAGGUGCUCAAGAUGAAAGACCGCCAGAGGAUCUUCCAGGUUCCCAGAGAGCAGCUGGAGGACCAGUGCUCUCGUCUGCGGGAGGAGAACACCUUGCUGAGGCAGCACACGCGUGCACAGGAACAGCGGCUGCGCAGGAUGUCCACAAAGCUGAUGCGUCUGAGGCAGGGCCGCUCAGGAGAGCCUGGAUCCGGGCUCAGAGAGGAGGACAUGGAGGAGACCAUCCAAGAGCUGGAGGCGCGUGUCGCCACUCUGGAGGGCCAGAAGGGGGCGCUGCAGAACAAGCUGAGCAUUGCCAGACAGCAUAUCAUGGACAUGGGGCCUGGCAGGAACUACCACAGAUUUGGGGGGCGGGGCAUGGAAGGGGAGAGAGGAGUCAGACGAGCAGCGCAGACAGCUCCACCCCUCUACGGCCCCAGCCUGGAGGAAACCCGAGCAGAGAUAGAGAAAUUACAUACGCUCCUCAGCAGGUCCAGUGUGAUUGAGACCCAGCAGGUGAGGGUGACGGAGCUGGAGACGGCUGCCCAGUCCCUGAGGGACACACUGAGGGAGAAGGAGAGGGAGAUAGAGGGAUGCAUGAAGGAGAUGAGGAGACAACACGCAGACGGACACAGGAUCACCAUAAGGGACAACGUGGACGUGAUCCGCUUGCAGAAGCAGCUGUCAGACAAGAGCUCUGCCCUGCGUGUCACCCAGGAGAAGUUCACCGUUCUGCAGGAGGCUUAUGAGGCUCAAUUGGAAGAGGGUCAGAGGUCAAUGAAGGAGAGCCAGGGGGAGUUGCUGGAGAAGGUGGAAGAGCUUAGUGAACAACUGAAACAGGAGAGGCAGAGGGCGCUGACACUGGAGGGACAGCUCAGUGCUGCCACCCUGUCACUGCAAGCCCAGGAGGAGCUCCAGCAGAGAGUGUCUGACCUGGAAGGAGAGAGAAAUCUACUGAAGGAGAGCUAUGAUACUCUGUUGGAGAGCACUCUACAUGGUCAUACAGAGGAGAAGAUGGACAGAGAGAGAGAGCUGGAAAAAGAACGUGAGAGGGAAAAGGAGGAGAUCUGGCGGACGGACAUAGAACGACUGGAGGAGAUGCUGCGACUGGAGAGGCAGGCACGAGGGAGGCUAGAGGAGGAGAAAGAACGGCUACAGCUGGACAAAGAGAGGAUGGAGGAACAACAGGAUAGGGAGAGAGCGUCCGUUGAGUCAAUUAGAGGGAAACAUGAACAAAUGGAACAGGAAAUUCUGCAGUACCGACUGGAAGUGACAUCACUGCAGGAGAGAUUAGACUCAGUCACAAAGGAGUUCGACAUGAGUGUUGAGGACCUCAGCGAAACCCUCAUACAAAUCAAGGCCUUCAGGCUUCAACAGGAGGCCAGUAAAGGCCUGCGCUUCCUAGGAGUGGAGGGGGAGACGCAGGGCUCCUCCUCGGAGCUGUGGGACCUCCAAGCAUCCCAAGCAGAAACUGUGUUGGAACUGCAGAAGACCAGAGAUUUACUCUUCCUGCAGCACCGCAUCAAUCACGAUCUGCAGGCUGAGUUGAAAACGAUGAUGGAAAGAGCAGACAGAGAAAAGGAGGAAACGAAGAGAAGAGUCGCGGAGAAGGAUAAACUACUCGGAAGAAGGGCACUGCAGAUCAACACUCUGCAAGCUCAGCUGAAGGAGCUAGCCUACAGUCCUAGAAACUACAAACGGAACAUACCACUUCAGUACACCUGGCCGGGGGUGGACCAGGAAGUGGUACAGCCCAUUGAAGACGACACCACUUUUUCUCAACUACGAGCAGGGGAGUCUCUUUUGGAAAUCCACCUGAGGGGGGCGGCAUUCACCCCUGGAGGGCUACGAACCAUGGUGGGUGCCUGGGACGGGACUCGGUCAAAGGGCAAAGAGGUCGUGACCUUUUGCACUUACGCCAUCCUUGACUUUGAGACGCACUCAACACCAUUGGUUUCGGGAGGGCAGCCCAGCUACGGGUUCACAUCCAAGUAUCCCCUCUCGGCCCGUGAUCUGGGGAGGCUGGGGGGAGGGAUGCUGGUGGAGCUGCACCAGGCGUUGGGGGGGGUGCAGUUCGUGACCCGAGGAAGGGCGCAGGUGCCGCUGGUCGGGGCGGUGGAGAACAGAGGGGAGCGGGUGACCGGGCGAGUCAGCAUCGCAGGCUCUGAGGGGGAUGUCAUGGGAAGCCUUGACUUCUGGGUGCGUCUCUUCCCUCCUGCGGAGCCAGCGGACACGCUGAUAGAGAGAGGGAUGUACAGACUAAUGGACAGGAGGACACUCAGCCCACAGAGACAGUGGAGCCCCGCCCGGGAUCAGAGACCUCUGGGUGUGUUGGACGGUAUACAUGAGCAGGAACUAUUUGACUAUGGUGGAGGGAUACCCAACGAGUUAGAGGUGUUGCUGGAGCGCUGUGUGGGCCUGAGCGCACGCUGGCCAGGACUACUUCCGGACGCUUACCUGAUGUACCGCCUCUAUGACCUGCCGCCUCACACAUCCCCCAUAAUCCCAUGCAGCACAGACCCUCUCUUCAACGACAUGGUCAGUUACCCUGUAGCCGUGACCAAUGACGUCCUGGAGUACCUUAGAGCUGGCAGUCUCUGGAUCUAUGUUUUCGAUGACAGCGAUGAACAGACUCCGCCUGCAUACCUGGCCAAGACCCCCAUACCACUCCUCCCCCUGGCAGCAGGACGACCAAUCAGAGGUGACUACGUUCUAAGAGAUACUGGUGGCGGUCCACGGGGAAUGGUUCGUGUGUUCAUACGAUGGAGGUACCCCUUUCAACCACCAGAGGGCGGCAUCCAAGGACGUUGGGAGAUCAACCGGCCAGAGAAAGAGACGAUGAGGAGCGAAAGGGCAGAGAACCUGGCAAGACCUGUUGCCAAGCCUAGAGUGAUGUUGAAAGCUACUGAGGCAAGAGUGGACAGCCCUGCCGCACAAAAAGAGACCAAAAUUCAGCCACGGCCUCCACAAAUUAAACUACGACCACCCCAACCCGACACCCAAUCAGAGCAAGCCACACCUGUGACGUCAAUGGAAGCCGGCGGAGCCACACCCCUUCAGUCUCCAGUGAGAAAACGAGUCACGCCCCUCAGAUCACACGUGAUGCAAGAAACACCCCCUUUGACCCCAGCGCAGAGUCAAGUCAAGUCUUUCCAGUCACCCGCUGGGAAGCAAGCGACCCGCCUGAGGUCACCUAGGGUCAAAGGUCCGAGGUCAUUCGUGUCAGAGUUGACGCAUUCUCCUACUGCCUCGGCUCAAUCCACCAGGAGCUCCAGCUACGAUGAUAAGACUGAUGAUAAGGACAUCCCGUCAUUGGUAUCUAUGGAGGAAGAGGAGCUGGAGAGAAAAAAUGACAGUGACGUGGAAAGUGAGGUAAUGGAAUCCACAGAAUCUAGUAUCUCCUCCCUUAGUGACGUCAUCGUCGUCUCUCUACCUUCAAGGAGAAUAAGAAAGGGAGAUAAGUUGAGAGUGGAGAUUCUCUCUCUCUCUUUUGAGCCCACCUCCCGAGUUGCUCUGGACGAAUCAGUGCAGCGCGUCUAUGUGGAGUACCGCCUCCUGGGAGUUCCCAUGGAAACCACAGAAACACCCAUGUCCCUUCGUAAACCAACGGAGGGGGAGGAAAUACAUUACAACUUCACACGAGUUAUCUAUGUGGACAGCUCUGAGGCAUCCCCACUCAGACAGUACCUAUACACCAUGCUGGAGGGAACAGACCCCAACAAGGGCAGGUUGAAAUUCACGGUGGUCAACGAGCCAAUGGAUGAUGAUGACAACAACGAGUGUAUUGACGUUGGCCACGCCUUCCUGGACUUAAAGGAACUACUGCUGACAGGAAACGACAUAACAGAGCGUCAGAUUGACAUUGUCAGUGUUGAUGAAGGGAAUGAGGUCAUGGGAAAGCUCAAGGUCUCCUUGGAAGCAGCUAAGACCUUGACUGGGAUAUACUGGGAUUAUCAUGGGAAGAAAGAUCAAAAGACCAAGGAGGAGAAAGAUGACGAGAACACUGAGGAAGAGGAAGAGAAGAAAACUUUGACGAAAGAUGAAAUACAAGUGAUAGAUUAUGACAUUGAUGAUGAUGACGACAGUGACUUUUACUAGUAGUGGGAAAAUCAAAAGAAUAUAUUGAAACAGAAACAGAUUAAUAAAUGGGAAUGGAUUGCGUGACAGAAAAAAAUAUGAAACUUUUAAUAGAUUUAUAAUAUUGAAUAUAAAUAAAACCUUAUAAUUAAACACAA